AUGCCAUUAAUUAUAAUAAUAUUCUUUGCACAAGGUGUUAAUCUAAUGAAAUUAUCUCCAUUUUUAGUUAUUUUUCCGCAUUGGAUGCUAACUAUGUUUCUAGACAAUAUUAUGAUAUCAUAUGUUUAUGAAAUUCCAUUUAAUUUCAAGAAUUUGGUAAUUUUGACGAGAUGGAAGAACUCAUGGUAUUUAUUGUUAUUCACGAUUGCUUUAAUUGUUUUCUAUCUUUUAAUUUAUUUGAUUUUAAAUGUCUUACUCCCAAGGAAUGAUGGAGCUCCUCCGAUCGGAUUUUCGAAUAUCUUGUCUUUGUCGGCAUGGAAACAGAUUUUCAAUUUCAAAAAGAGCGAAUAUAUUGAAAAUGUAAAUGAGUCAUUUAUUGAAGUUACAGGAAUUGAUAAGACAUAUAAAGGAUCAAUGCCUGUUCACGCGUUAAAUGAUGUCUCGUUUACAAUAAAUAAAGGCGAUACAGUUGUUUUGAUUGGUCCUAAUGGAUCAGGUAAGAGUACAUUGUUGAAUGCUAUGACAGGAAGUAUCAGUAGUGAUCAAGGAGUUCUUCGAAUAUAUGGAUGUCGAUGUCCAUCUGGAUUCAAUGCACUUCAAGAUCAUCUUGGAAUUUGUUAUCAAGACAACAUAUUGUUUGACAAGCUGAGUGUUUAUCAACAUCUUGAAUUGUUCGCUACUAUCAGAGGUGUUUGUUGUGAACGUGUUUGUGAAGUUGUUGAUGAGUGCAUGAGCAGAUUCCAUUUGGAGGGUAUGGAUAACAUGCGGUCAUCGAAACUGAGUGGUGGCAACAAACGAAAACUUUGUGUUGCGAUCGCAUUCAUUGGUUCUCCUAAGUUUGUCAUCCUUGAUGAACCGACAUCAGGUAUGGACACAUCGAUGCGACAAGAGAUGUGGAAAGCUAUCUCUAGUUACAACAUCACAUCGAUUGUUAGUUCUCACUCAGUUGAAGAAGCUAGAAGUCUCACGAAUCGAAUCUUCGUUAUGCGAAGUGGUGAAUUGUUAUUUGAUGGUAGUCCUAACGAAUUACGACGCAAAUUCCAUUGUGGAUAUCGAUUGACACCAAUCUUUUACAUAGAUGGUGACAAACGAUAUCGUGAUGUUUUACUUCGAUGGAUGCAAACUAAUGUUCAAGGUGCCAUUAUCAGUCCCAUUCGUGAUGAAGAUAUAUUGUUCCCGAUAUGUGAUGAUGUCACCGAACUACUCGAAGAACUUGAACAAAAGUUACCCAUUUUCCGAAUGCGUUCAUUCAAUAUCAUUGUUGAACAACUAGAAAGUGUUCUUUAUCGCAUGUUUAUUGAUGAUGAAAACUAG